UAAACUGGUUCGGUUAGUAUGCGGGUAAUUCUAAACAGAUUUGGAGCGGUCCGUAUAUUAUUGGUUUAGUUCUUUCGAGUACUCUCCCGCUGCCAUCCAUAUCUGCACAUCUAUUCUAACAUCGAAAUUCCAAGAACAGCAACAACUCGAGCCAUUUAUUUCCGUUUUCACGAAGCCUCGGAGUCACUCAGAUCGCGGAACAGGGUGUAUCCCGGUGACUGAUUAAUAAUAAUGGACGAACUCAGAUCGGCUUUGGAAGACCACAUGGUGCAAAUGGCGGAUCUCGUCCAGAAACUUUCUGCAGAGCUCCGAUCCGGCCUUCGACCCGCCUAUGAGAAUUUCAUGGGAUUCUUCCAUGCCAUAGACUGGAAGGAGCCUUGGUUGAUGGGUUUGUUGACAUUUCAUGCUGUGUUGCUGAUAAUAGCCAUCAUUUCAAGGAAACAUGUGAACUUUCAGAUGUUCUUGUUUCUCCUUGCUUUGGGUGGUGUAUACUUCGCCGAGAGGCUUAAUAGAGUUCUUGGUGACAAUUGGAGAAGCUUUGCAAGCCAGAAUUAUUUUGAUCCACAUGGAAUUUUUCUUUCAGCACUCUGGUCUGGGCCUCUUCUCAUCAUUGCAACCAUUAUUUUGAUAAACACUCUCUUUUCAUUAUGUUACAUGAUUGUUAGGUGGAAAAGAGCAGAACUUAGACACCGAGCAAGGCUGUCUCAUAACAAACAAGAUUGAUCAUGCUCAUAUAUGGUAGUUUUUCCUGCCUUAGACGCUUGAAGAGCUAUUUCUUUCCGCAUAAUAGUUUUGAGGCUGAUUUAGAUUAUAGAUGUCUUUUAAUCUUGCAUUUCUUUUUUUUUUUUUUUCCGUUUUUCUAUUUUUACUCUCAGCCAGGUCAUCCUGAGUUUUGAUUGUUUUAGUUAUAAAUAUUACUCAGCUUAUACUGGCAUUCCUUGCAUACUAGUAUAUUUUUCUUACGUCAGGUAAUAGUAAUACUUCUAUCAAGUCAUCCAUAGGCUUCCCUCCUCCCAAUUAUGGUCUUCUAUAAUUUUGCUUGUCUCAACUUGCACCACAAACUUGAGUUUUAUAAUUUUAAUUGAUCCCAUUUCAAUUUCCAUCUCA